UAGGCGGUCCAAGAUGGCGGCGGUCAUGUUCGCGGCUGCUCGACGGGGUGGGAGAAUCGGCGUCCAGCCGGCCUGCGUGUUACGGUACCUGAGCCAGACCCAGGGAGCUCCAGAUUACCCCAGCUUCGUGGAGUCUGUGGAUGAAUACAAGUUUGUCGAGCGCCUGUUACCCCCCACCAACAUCCCAAAACCCCUAAAGCAUGAACGUUGUCCCACUCCUAGUGGCUGGCAGCCCCCUAGAGACCCCCCACCCAACCUGCCCUAUUUUGUGCGGCGUUCUCGGAUGCACAACAUCCCUGUCUACAGGGACAUCACGCAUGGCAACCGGCAGAUGACCGUGAUCCGGAAGGUGGAGGGGGACAUUUGGGCCCUGCAAAAGGAUGUGGAAGAUUUUCUGAGCCCACUGCUAGGGAAGACACCCAUCACCCAGGUCAAUGAGGUGACAGGUACCCUGCGCAUCAAGGGCUAUUUUGACCAGCAGCUCAAGGCCUGGCUCCUGGAGAAGGGCUUCUGAGGCCCAGCUGAGCAGCCUGCAUGUCAGCAUCCCUAUAGACUGGAGUCUAGGGGAUCUCAGGAGGGAGGAGGUGGGUGUUUGGGGAACGGGUUACAAAGACCAGGGCAAAGGGCUUGGGCAGGGCAGAAUGAGGGCUAAUGGGCUUCAGGAGUUGGGACCCUCCACACAGGAGCCAGCACUAGGGAGGGGUCCCAAACAUUGGAGACCCUCCAGGAACUGCCCAGCUAGUGAGCAGCAGUAGCUGUUUUCUGCCUUCAACUCAACUGUGACCUGUUGGCUGCUUUCCCUUCACUGGAGCCCCUCGGGAGCAGUUAUUCAAGUUCUAGAGGUUGUUGAUGCCUCCUUCAGUGGAAGCAACAGGCUGAAGUUGGGAGGCACAGGGCAAAUGCAUUGGACACAUUCCCUCCUCAGCCCUCAGCCCCAUGUUGUGGGAAACAUUUCUGGGUCCUUGUUUUGCAUGAUAGCAUCCCCACAGACUGGAGUCUAGGGGAUCUCAGGAAGGAGACCUGACUUGGUGGCAGCAGUGAACACUGAGGGCCCAGAUGUGGGUUCUUGAGGCCUUCAGUUCUAAGCACCAUGUCAGACCCUGGACUUUCUACCCACAGAGAGGUGGAGGGCCCAGUCACCUCUGCCCUGUUCCAGAACAGUUGGCCUGACUGGGUUGCCUACGCUGGGGAGCUUAGUAACUAGCUUUGGUUGGUCUGCCUGCUGGCGUGUGUCUUAAGCUCCUAGCAGCCUCCCAGGGUCGGCCUUCCCAGCUUACCCACCUGGCAUUGAAGGGCUUUUUAGGUGGAGAUGCUGGCCUGUUAUCUGGCCAUCCCAUCACCCCCAGCCAGUGAACCUUUCCACCUGUCCCAACCUUGGAGUCACAACCCCCCACCCCAGAGUGAAACUUGCUAAGGUGGGUCAAGAACCUGACUCCCCCCACCCCCAAAAAAAAAACCUGACUUCAUCUUUGACUCAAGGCAGGCACUUGAUCUCUCUGGGGCUCAGUUUCAUGUGAAGUGGCUGUAUCUUCCUACCGGUGGACUUGUAAUCAGUGCUGGCUUAUCCCAAACCCUCCCUCCUGGAGACUCCAGGCCAAUCUCAAUUCUAUGACAUCAACUCCACCAGCUGUUAAUGCAAGUUUUUAUUUGGCUGUAUAUACAGUUUAAGCUAUUAAAAUUUGUACAAUAUUUACAAAUUAAAUAAUCAUCUGAAACUGUCGUCAGCAACUCUUGUAACACAAAACUGGGGUGGGAGAGGCCUGGGCAGGCUGGCAGGAGCUCCCAGGCCCACCUGGCCCAGAGCCUUUUCUAACCUGGAAGAUCAGGAGCCUGGCACUUCUCUUCCCUGGGUUCAAGCAUUCAAAUUCAAAGCCCAAAUUUAAUCCAAAAGACAACAGCAAGGAAGUAAUUCCAACUCUUCUAAACUCAAGAAAGUUCUGAGUUGAGAAGCGGUCUUCUGUAGGUUCCGGGGCUUGCAGUGGUUCAGGAGCAGACACGAACCCUCGGCCUGCAAGGAGGCUGGGCAGUGGCUGCUGGGUGAGACCAGGCACAGCCUCACCUAAGACAGACUGCAGGGGUCUGGGGCGAGGGAGGGCAGGGUCCCUCAAUGCUGCCCACCUGCCCCUCCACCCCCAGGCACUCCUUCCCCUGAGUUAUGUAGUUGCCGGUAAGAUGUGGAAAUGCCACAGGGCAUAAAGGGGACAGCCACCACCACAAGGGCUGCUGGGUUGAUAGGGCAAGAAAAGGAAAUCCGGUAGCAGUCUUGGUGGGUGGGCAGGGCGCAAGCUCCUAACCUGCCUCCAGCCACACUUGGGAACAGGAGCUAAUACUGUUCGGCACUGCAGCAGGCCUCCACACCAUGGGCUCAGGGCUGCCCCUCCCCCAGAAAGGGGUGAGGAGGAGGGGGCUUCUCAGAGGUGG